AUGGAAAAAUCAUAUAUAUGUGAAACAGAUAUAAAAUGGAAAAAAAAAGAUAUUCUAAUAAAGAGAAUUUUUUAUGAUGUAAAGAAUUUGUUUCCCAAAAGUAAACUUCAGUAUACUUAUAUAAAUAUUUUUUUGUUAUCUCUUUUUUUUACAUUUAUACAUAAAUAUCUUGAACAAACACUACCUUCAUUAUAUAAAUCAAUUGAAAAUGAUUUUAAUACAGAUGUAAAAACCUUGUAUUAUAUGAAUACUAUUUAUAAGUUAGCAUAUUCAGCUUCUAAUUUUUUCUUUGCAAUCUAUUUUGAUUAUUCAUUUAAAAAAAUAUUUUGUUCUAAAUAUGAUCAAGUAAAAUCUAAUGACACUCAAUGUGAAGAAAUUGUUAAAGGUGAAGAUGAGUUAACAGAAAAUGUUAAGUUAAUGGAUGAAAUAAAUUUGCAAACAGAUGAAAAAUAUGCAGAAUUAAAUGAAAGUAAUAAAGAAGAAAUAUUAUAUAAUGAUGUAAAAUAUGUUAAAAACACAUUUAAUAAAAAUGACGAAGUAACUAUAAGAGAAUAUACAUAUAUUUUAAAUAUAUUGAUUAUAUCAUCCUUGAUAUAUAUAAUAGUUAUAAUAGGUAUAAUGCUUUCUAGUAAUUUUUAUUAUUUUUUUUUUUUUAUGUUUGCAAUGGGUAUUAAUAAUUCAAGUAUAUAUAUAUUAAUACAAAAAAUAUAUACUAAUAAUGUGUAUAGUGAAAAUCGAAGUACUAUUUUUGGUUUUUUGCAUUUUUUUUCAUCUAUAUCUCAUAUGUUGUCUAUAUCUAUAAAUACAAAUUUAAGUAAUAAAUUUUACUAUGGAUUUAAAGGUUGGCGUAUUUGUUAUUUUAUAAUUUCCUUUUUCCCAUUGAUUGUUUGUAUAUUUUUAUUUAAAUUAAUCAAACAUAAAAAAUUAGGAACUGAUAAAAGUAAACAUGCCAGCAUGAACUAUUUUGUUUCUUUUGAUGGGUUAACUAAGGUAAGUAAUGAAAAUAGUGAGGAUAAUUAUUCAAAAAAUUGUAAUAAAUCACAUUUUAAUGAAUUAAGUAAGAAAGAAGUACAACCAUAUGAUAUUGAGCAGAAAUUUUUAAAAAGUGAUAUUUUUAAAGAAAAUUAUGAGGAUACUUUUGAAAUGAAGAAUUCUUAUUUUGAUAGUAAUGAUUUAAAUGAAACUAAGCAAAUUUUAAGUUUUAAUGAAAAUAAUUCUUAUAUAAAUAAUAAGUCUAGUAUGAAUAAUUCUACAUAUAUAAGUAAUGACUGUAAUGAUAAUAGCAUAAAUUUUAAUAUGGAUAAAAUAGAUAGUAACAUUAUUAAAAGAAAUUUUAUUAACUCUAAUGAAGAUAGUUUAAAACAGUAUUAUAAUAAGAAUAAUUUGUAUAAUAAUAAUAUAAAUAAUUCAGGAGAUAGUUUUUCCCUUGAUUUAUCAUCAAAUAUUGUUUCAAAAGAUAAAAAAAAUGAACAUAAUGUAAAUGAAAAAGGCGAUACUAUUUCUUUUUUUACAAAUGAGAAUGAAGAGAAAGAUAAGUUAGAACAAAAAGGAGAAAUGGAUAAAUUAUUAGAAAAUGAAGAAAACAAAAAAAAGAAAAAAUUAAAAUACGAAUUUUCUUAUAUAUAUGAAGUAAAAUAUGUUUUUAAAAAUUAUAGUUUUUGGUUAAUGAUAACAAUGGGAAUGUUAAAUGGAAUACCAAAACAUGUUCUUAGUUUAAUGAUUUAUUUUUUUCAAUAUUGUAAUAUAUCUGAUUUUAAAAGUGGUUUUAUUAUAUCAGUAAGUUGGUUGUGUGCAAGUUUAAUAUCUCCAUUUAUUGGAAUCAUAAGUGAUUAUAUCUACAAAUUAAAUAAGGAUAUAAAUCGUCAAUUAAUAGGAAUGUGCACUCAUUUUUUGAGAAUUGGUCUAAUGUUUAUUUUAUUUUUUUUUAUACCAAAAGAAGCAGAAUCAUUUAUAUAUUUUGUAAUUAUUUCUUUAUUUAUGGGUAUAUUAAGUGGAUGGAUAAACAUUGGUACACAUAAGCCGAUAAUAAUUGAUAUAGUAAAACAAAGACAUACUGCUUUUGUUAUGGCAUUAAUGAAUGCAUUUGAAAACAUAGGAUCUUCUAUUAUAGGCACUUUUUUUUUAUCAUUUUUGUUAAAUCGUUAUAAUUAUAUUGAUAGAAAAAAAGUGAACAAUUUCAGUGAUAUUAAUGUUAAUAAGCACAAUGUUAAUGUUUUAUCAGAUGUUUUAUUAAUUCUUACAUGUUUACCAUGGUUAUUAUCUUUUUGUCUUUUAUAUAUUCUCAAAUUUACUUAUAAAAAAGAUAAAUUAUAUAAUAACAUAAUUUAA